AGCUGUACUAUAAGUACUCAUUGUCUGGUAACAGAAGGCAUAAUCUGCAAUGAAACACCGCUCUGAUUCCUAAAGUGCAAUUCGCUCUCUCAUCGCCGUAACUAUUCCGGUUACCUGUUUACACAUUAGUGACUCACCAUUUCGGAGUCGAAAUGUUAAAGCAAUGAUUGCGCGUGUUUGCCCGCAUACACUCUUCACUUAUGUGGAAUAUGGUGUCUGCCAAAAAAUUUACUCGCCUUUUUCGCUCUCGCAAGAGCAUUCACAAGCGCAAAAUGUCGCCAGUAUGUUGUACUAAUUGCAGGACGAAAUACUCCAUUCUCAACCCUGAAGAAGGCUGUUCAAACUGUGCGUUGUCGUUUUGUCGGAAAUGUCUCUCCCACCGUGCUCUUCUUCCACAACUUGCGAAUAAACCAGUAUCCGUCUGUGCUCAGUGCUUUGAGAAACUGAAUGCAGAGACAAUUAAAAAUCAGGAAAAGAAUGGUGUACAGAUUACACGAAUAACGAUCGGUAAUGACUCGCCACCUCAAGUGCACUCAUCAAAUGCAGUGAGUUCUCGAACAGGAAACUGGUGGGGAGAUGGGUUACCGCCUCCAUCGUUGAGGCAGACAGUGGAGUCAAGUUCAGGUGUACCCCACAAUAAAAUACUGCCACCUCCUCGGAUUUUGCAUGCGAAAGUACGCGCUCAAGCAAAGAAGGCGGAACAUCCUAAAGACGACGUGCAUGAUCUGGAGGAACGUUUUAAGAAAUCGCGACAGGAUGAUUCUGCAAGUGGUCAGCCGUUGACUGUAGAAGAGAUUGAAGAGCGUUUAGCUGCACUUCGUGGCUGCGAUGUGGAGCUGGUUCGUCGGCCCCGCUGUAUGUUUGAAACUUCCGGAAAGCAAAUACCGGCUGGAAAUACUGUACAAGGACUAAUGAAGAUGGCACAAGAACGUGCUGAGAUUGAAGAGAAGCAUGAUCCUGCGAAGGAGUUGGAACGCAGGCAUAGGGCUUUGAGAGGAGAAGAAGAGCAGGGCGGUAGUCGUGCACAACAAGAGGAGAAGUCUCCAGCAGAUAGUCAAGCUGAUCAAAGUGACCCUCGAUUAUCGACUGUGUCAUCAUCGACUGCUUUCAGUGAAUCCACCGCAAAAGAGUUAGAUGAGAUAAAAAGAUUGCUGGAGGAGGCGGAUAAACGAGUAAAGUCUGAAGAAAUAGAUGACAAAGAAAUGAAGAAGAAAAUGAAGAAAGUAGUUGCAGCGACUCGGCAAGAGUCUCUUGACAUUGAAAAAGUUAGCAAUGAGCUUGGCCAUUUUUGGGAGAAGCAACUGGACAAGAGUCUGGAAGAAGUCACUGAUUCUGAUGACGAAACCAUUGACGAAGAAACCAUGAAAAAGAUCAUUCUCGAGGCGGAACAAGCAAUAAACGAAGCGGAAGAGGUGAUACAUGAAUCACCAGAACGCAAGCCAACACCUCAUGAAAAGAGCGUGUCGCCAAAACCAGAGGAAGCAGGUAUAAGAUCGCCAACACAAAAGAAACCUGGUCUCUUUAGUAAGAUAUUCCGGCGGUAACGUUUUAUUUUGUUUUCAUCGAGUUAACGUGGGUAACUGGAGGCGUUUAUCUUCUUAACAUUUAUAUGUUCAGUUGUUUUGCUUGUGACAUUGCUGAGAGCUUCUAUAUUCGAACUUCCUCGAAUUGUAAUGCGCUCUUAACUAUAACCUCAUCUUUUAUCUGUACAUAUGUAUACUUAUUUCUUUCUCGGUGCCAAAUCAUUUUUCGC